GAGGCGCCGCUGUCGGCUUCAAUGGCGUCAGUUUCGAAGGUGUCCAUUCUGGAUUACUUUAAUAUUGUGUUUGAGGGCGACAAUGGGAAGAUCGAGUCCAACUGUAAGGCUUGUGGCACCAGGAUCCAGGCGAAACGGAGCGUUACGUCCAACUUCGUUACUCACCUCAAGCGUAAACACCCUGCUAUGUACGAUGACUUCGUGAAACGGAAGGACAUGAAGAGAGAGGGUUACUCCUCUGCUUGCCUGCACAGCUUCACCACCAACGGAGGAAACCCCCGCCUGACCGUUCCUGUAUCAGCUGGAGCAGGAAGUGGAGCAUCCACAGGAGGUGUUGGAGGAGCUGGGACCCUAGAGGGGGGAGCAGGAGGAGGCUCUGGGACAGGGGUGACCAAGUUUGACAGACAUGACCCACGUCAGGUUCUGAUCUCUGAGGCAAUAGCUAAGAUGAUUGUGCAUGAUCUGCAGCCGGUGUCCAUCGUGGAAAAUCAAGGCUUCAGAGAGUUGCUUCAGCUUCUGGAGCCACGUUACACUCCUGAGCCACAGCACCACAUUCAGGGCCAGCUCCUUCCAGCCUACGCUUACCAGGCCCAGCUGGCGACCCGUCAAGCCUUGGCAUCAGCUCAGGUCCUCAGCCUCAGCCUGGAUCUUUGGAACAGCUCAUCUCAAACUACUUCAGGGUACCUUGGUGUCACCUGCCAUUAUCUUGCAUCUGAUUGGCAGAUUCGCUCAGCUCUGCUGGCGUGUCUCCCGCUGAGCGGCGGCUGCUCUGGCAGGCGCGUGCUUGCAGAUUUUGAUGAAGUUUGUCAAUCUCACGGCGUGUCGGGGAGAGCAUUUUGUGUCGUCGCCGACCCUUUCCCAGCAACGGCGACAGCAAGGUCAUGCUGUCUUCCCGGUUUCCUGGUUCCACCUGUUCUUGUUAACGGGCAAAGUGGACACGACACAGAGAUGGUGAACAACGAGAAUGAUGGGCAACAGAUCAGGAAUGGCCACGGUGCUGGUGGAGAGGAAGGAGACUGGGGGGAGUCAUGGGAGCAGGGUUUAGGUGUUUCCCGGGUAAACUGUUUCUCACGCUCUCUGGAGCAGUGUGUUAGAGAGGGACUGUGCUCCUGCCCACAGAUCUCUUCUACGCUGGCCAAGUCUUCGUGUUUCUAUAACUACAUUACCUCAGCUGUACCACCUGAGAAACUCAGCCAGGUCUUUGACGGGCUGACACCUGGAGCGUUGGGAAACAUUCCUGAUUCAUCAAGAGACUGGGCCGCUCAGCUUAAGGUGCUUCGGCGGUUGUUGGACUCGGUGGAGUUCCUGGAGGAGAUGAGCGGUCCAGGGGAGCUGGCUCUGGGUACCACAGACAGAGCCCUUCUGAGGGAGCUUACGGACGUUUUGGAGCCCUUCACUGAGGCCUGGGAUAUGGUGCACGGAGACACGCUGACAGACAUCCAGUCAGACAGACACGUGUCCAUCAGCUUGGCUCUGCCCUGUGUCCUCGGCCUCCGUAAGCAUCUCUCGGAGACAUCCGCUCCCCACUGCCCCGCCCUUUUGACAAGCCUGAGUCAGUCUCUGGAGCGCCUCCUGGACCCUAUUCUGGAGAACCCCCUCUACAUUACUGCGACCACCCUGGACCCCCAGUUCAAGCUGACAUGGAGCAGCAACCCUGACUGGCACAGACAAGUACUCAUAGAGGAGCUAUCCAAACACUCUUCAGCCUCCCCCUCAGAUGAUCUCAACAAAGACCUUCUCUCUCAGUCCCACACUCUUCCCGUCGCAGCACCAUCUCCGGUCUCAUCGCUUUCUCGGCCUUGCAAGUUGUUCUCCUUCAUCAAGCAGAGACCUGCGACGCAGGCUAAAAGCCUGGAACAGGAGCUGGCUGUGUACCUUCGGGAGGAGCCCACAGAUGAGGAGGCGUUGCAUUACUGGCGCCGUAAAGCUAUUGACUUUCCUCUGCUAGCCCAAGUGGCUAAAAGAGCGUUCACAAUACCUGCUUGUGGCACAGUGGUGCAGAGUAUAUUCACUUCAGCCGGACGCCUCCAGUCGCCAGAGAGAGGCGGUGUCAUACCAAAGAACCUGGAGACACUCAUCUACCUCAAAGCUAACUACAGACUCUUAUGGACUUAGAGCUACGAGUUAAGACUUUCUUUUUAUCUAAA